UUGAUGUCUGAUCAAGAUGGCGGCGCCCUGCAGCGAAGCAAUACCGCGUGUGGGUCGAGUGCUGUUGGAUUCCAGAGAGCCUCUUCCUGCCCGGUUCCGAGCUCUCUUCACUCUCCGUAAUCUAGGCGGUACGGAGGCCGUGGACUGGAUCGGUCGCGGAUUUAAUGAUGAGUCUGCGCUAUUAAAACACGAGUUGGCUUACUGCCUAGGUCAGAUGCGGGACCGGGCGGCGCUGCCGGUGCUCAGUGAUGUGCUUAAAGACCGGACACAGGAGCCUAUGGUGCGGCAUGAGGCGGGAGAAGCUCUCGGAGCUAUAGCAGAUCCAGAUGUGUUGGACCUUUUGAAAGAAUAUUCCCAUGAUCCAGUUAUAGAGGUGGCAGAGACAUGCCAAUUGGCCGUGCGUCGCAUUGAGUGGCUGCAGCAAAAUCCUGAUGCACCAGGCAAUAAUCCUUACCUGUCUGUGGACCCUGCACCACCAGCUGAAGAUACAGACAUUCCUAGUCUACGUGCUACCUUGCUGGAUGAUAGCCUUCCACUCUUCGACAGAUACCGUGCAAUGUUUGCACUGCGGAAUAUCGGUGGGGAAGAAGCAGUGUUGGCACUGACAGAUGGCUUACAGUGUGGGGGUUCCUUGUUUCGUCAUGAGAUCGGCUAUGUACUAGGACAGAUGCAGCAUGAGGCAGCGAUUCCAGGACUUGCAGCAGCACUGCAGCGGUUUGAGGAGAACCCAAUGGUGCGGCAUGAAUGUGCAGAAGCUUUGGGCUCUAUUGCCCAAGAGGACUGCCUGAAGGCCCUGCGUACGCACAUUAAGGAUACAGAGCGUGUGGUGAGGGAGAGCUGUGAGGUGGCCUUGGAUAUGUAUGACUAUGAAAACAGUGGAGACUUCCAAUACGCAAAUGGUUUAAGUCAAAUCCAGGAACAGGCAUGACGGCCCUUGUCCAAUGUCUGCCUUUUAGAUACAGAGACUCCUACGCCUGUUUGCACUUUUCUUGCAUACAAUGCCCUUUAUGCAUAGUAGAACAGUCCUUUUCCUUGAUGACACCCUAAUGUAAGCAAGCAAACAUGAUUCUGGAAUUGUAUUGAAACUCCAACAGACUAUGUAACUGCACAGCAGCAUGAAGCCAUGUUGAGUGACUAUUUUUAAUUUUUUAAAGGCUUGUUUGCUUUAGAAAACUGAACUGCUGAACCUCUUGACUUGCAUAUUUCCAACUAAUGGGGGCCAAAUAAUUCUACUGCUUCUGUAUUUUCUUUAUUAAAGGACAUCUUUAUGCUGUC